AUGAAAGGAGUAAUUUCCUGCUGCCCGCCGCAGGAGAAAUUCCGACAACACCAUAAGGACCCACGUCGCCUCUCCAGAAGUAAUCACGCGCCAAAGGCUUCUCGCCCCUCGAGUGAAGACAUGGGCAUCAAAGAGGACCUAGAGAAUGGUAAGAAACGUAUUGUGCAUGAAGAGGUAAGAGAACCACUCAUGAAGAAGACGAACCAAUCAGACGAACAAGAUGGAUCUUCUGCUCAGAAUAGCAGCAAAGAAAAUGCAUGGAUGGUUUACCUCAGCACAUUUGUUGCAGCAGGCUAUUCAUCACCCACGCAAGAUGCUAUCAGGAAAGAUCUCUCCCUUUCUCUAGCAGAGUAUUCCAUGUUUGGUUCCAUACUGACAUUCGGUGCAAUGAUCGGUGCAAUCACAAGUGGGCCUAUUGCUGAUUUAAUUGGUCGCAAAUGGGCGAUGAGAGUGGCUACAAGCUUCUGUGUUGCAGGGUGGCUAGCCAUUUACUUUGCUAAGAGUGCUCUGGUAUUGGACCUCGGGAGAUUGGCAACGGGAUAUGGAAUGGGAGUCUUUUCUUAUGUGGUACCUGUUUUUAUAGCUGAAAUUGCACCCAAGAAUCUUAGAGGAGCACUAACAACUACGAAUCAGAACAGGAAGCUUACCCCUAAAGUGCUUGCAGGACUUGUUCCUUGUGCAAUUCUGAUUUUUGGCCUGUUUCUUAUUCCUGAGUCUCCCAGAUGGCUGGCAAGGAGGGGACGUGAAAGAGAGUUUGAAACAGCAUUACAGAAACUUCGUGGCAAGGAUGCUGAUAUAUCUCAUGAGGCAGCUGAAAUCAAGGAUUACAUAGAAACUCUUGAACGGCUCCCAAAAGCCAAACUCUUCGAUUUGUUUCAAAGAAGAUACCUACGAUCAGUCAUUAUAGGAGUAGGAUUGAUGGUCUUUCAACAAUUUGGAGGGAUCAAUGGGGUCUGCUUUUAUGUCAGCAACAUUUUCGAGUCAGCAGGUAAAGAGGUUGUGGUUACCGCCCUUAACACAACCGUGAUAGACAAAGCUGGAAGAAAGCCUCUUUUGCUGGUAAAUUUCUACCCAAAGCAGUUUGCCCUGAAAGUUUCCUCUUAA